AAAAGGAAAUGGACUCCUUUACACAACUUGAUAUCGAUAAAAAUCGAAUACGUUAUAAAACUCAUCACAAUUCCUAUUCCAGUUUCUCCGACUAUCUCGAAUUUAUUGUCUCCGUAGCAGAAUGUGAUGAUGUAGUGGGUCAAUUGAAAAUUAUGUUUACACCCUUGGAAGAGUUAACCAGUAAAAUGUCUUAUCAAACUCCCGAAAUUCUUCACGUUCAAGAGGGCGAUAGAGCGUUAAUAACAAAAAAUCACUUUGAAAUACGUUUCAAUAUCUAUGAAAGUCUUCAAUUUCUAGUGACUAAUAAACCGGAACAUGGUACUUUGUGUCGUUAUGAUGAGCGUGAUAUGAAACUUUUGACCAUAACAGAGUUUACUUUAGAACAAUUGUUUUUGAAUGAAAUUUACUAUUGUCAUGAUGACACCGAGUCCACUGAUGAUUCGUUUGAUUUAUUGAUCUUAUCCAGUGAUGAUACGGAUCUGCAAUAUGUUUCUAAUAUUGAGGUUCGCAUCAAAUUGAAUAAUGAUAAUCCUCCGUAUCGUACUAUGGAGCGUAUUUUCCAUGUUAUGCGUGGUGGCAUACGUACUUUGAAUACAGAGGUUUUACAGUAUUUAGAUGCUGAUGUUAACACUAAUAAUUCAGAUAUUCAUUAUAUCCAUAUAUCUUGUACAAAUGGUGCCUUUUAUAAAUCAGGUCAUUUUGUGGAUAGCUUUACCCAAGAUGACAUUGCCAAUCGUCGCAUUAUGUUUCAACAUAGUGGUGCUGAUGUGGGUACAGCUUCUUUCAUUGUUACCGAUCGCCAACAUGAAGUCAAUGGUUUGUUGGAGAUACAUGCCUCCGAUGCUUUUGUGUCUAUGCUGCCUACAAAUGCCACCAUAGUGCAGGAGGGUAAAUUUGUUAUUUUACGAAAUAAAGAUUUUAUAUUGGAAACAAAUUUGGAUAUGAAAUUGGAUGAAAUCUACUAUGAGGUUACAAAGCCGGCCUAUGGUAUUGUCAAGUAUUUGGGUAGACCACGAGCAACAGAAGAUGGUUCUUCGUCUUCUUCUUUGCAUUAUAAGUCCUCCAAUUUGACUUCGUUGAAUAACUUUACUCAUUUGGAUAUUGAGAGGGACCGUUUAGUGUAUUGGAAUACCGAACCCGCUACCAUGGAUAAAGUGAGAUAUCGGGUCCAUAUUAAGAAUAUUACCGCCGAGGGUGAGGUUAUGUUUCGAAUAUAUCCUUCUGCCUAUUGGGAAUCUUUGCAAGUCAAGAAGAAUCAAACUUUGUAUGUGGAAGAGUCAACAAGUGUUCUGAUAUCAAGAGAUAUUUUAGAGGUCGUUCACCCCAACAUCUCUCCCGGAGACAUAACCUUUCUGGUGACCUCCUCUCCCCUACAUGGCUACUUGGAAAUGCAAUCUAUGUCUUUCGAUGAUGAAUACAACUGUAAAGUAUUCGAUCAAUUGGCCAUAAAUACGGAAAAAAUGUUCUACAUACAGGCGGGGGUAAAUCAAUCCACCGAUUAUUUCGUUUUCGAUGUUACCAACGGCAUAACAUGGCUAAGAAAUCUAAUGCUGCGCAUUGUUAUCAUACCCGAGAAGUUGUAUAUGCAUUCGAAUGUUAUAUCUGUGGUUGAAGGUAAAACGGUUCAGUUGAGUGCCUCCGAUAUACAACCAUUUUCCGAAUACUAUAGAGGCAAAAUAUUGGAAUAUAUUAUAACGAUAAAUCCUACAUCGGGCUAUAUAAUGGCUGCCAAUUCGAAGGUUAAAAGAUUUACACAAAAACAAUUGGAUCAGGGAUCCAUUCAAUACAUACACAAUGGCAGUGAAAAUUCCACUGAUACCAUGACCAUAAUAGCCACAGCUCGUAAUAAGGAAAGUGAACCAUUUGAAUUGGAAUUUUCUAUUAUUCCAGUAAAUGAUGAACUGCCCAUGGUGGUAACAAACACGGGAUUGCAAGUUUGGAAUGGAGGGAGAUAUGUAAUACGUUACACGGACUUAAUGGCUCGAGAUUAUGAUACACCCGCUGAGAAUCUAACAUUCAUUAUACAUCACAUCUAUGGUGGUUAUUUAGCUUAUAAAACGGCCCCGGAAAGAAAACUUGAAUCUUUUACCCAGAAUGAUAUUAACAAUGAACAGAUCUAUUUUAUUCACGACUCCAAUUCCCGUCGCAAUGAAAUGUCUUUUAUUGUCACCGAUGGUUUAUUCAAUACCACGGAACAAUUGCUUAAUAUCGCCAUUAAACCCAUAGAAAUUAUCGAGGAUCGUAAUGAAAAUUUACAUGUUUUUCCUUUGACUAAAAAACAAAUUUUACGCGAUCAUUUGUUUUUCAAAUGUUCCGAUGAGGAGAGAGAAAUACGUUAUAAUAUAACUGUACCGCCUAGUUUGGGUCGCAUUAUUAAUGAGGACAUGGAAACGGAAACUGGUUCGGCUCGAGAAGUUUCCGAGUUUACCCAAGAUGAUAUAGAUAAUGGUCGUAUAUUCUAUGAACAUACUGCUGUUAUUAUAGAAUUUCGCAUAAAUGAUUCAUUUUAUUUUGAUGUUAUUGCUGAGCGUAGUGAUCGUUUGCUGGAUCAAAAGUUUAAUAUUGAAAUAUCGGUAUCUUCGGGAGGUUUACUGAGAUUUUUACCAGUCUCCAAGUUGACAGUGGAUGAGGGUGGUUCGGUGCCUAUAAAAUUGGAUUUUUCAAAAAUGUUGGAAUAUUUGAAGACCCGUGCGGGUUUGAAUAAUCCCGAAUUGUAUAUAGAGGCUUUUCAAAAGCCCAGUCAUGGCUCUAUAGGUUUGGGUCAUGAAUUUCGACCCAUGCAAAAGUUUCAUCCCAGUGAUUUCUUUACCAAGAAGGUGUAUUAUAUACACGAUCAUACCGACACUUUGGAGGAUACGAUUUUGAUGUCAGUAUAUUUGGAACAGGGCAACAUUUUCCUAUGCAAUCUCACCAUUCCUGUCUCUAUAAAUCCCAUUAAUGAUCAAAUCUUUAAGCUGGUAACACACUCUCCCCAAAUGACUGUGGUGGAGGGAGAAAAUCGCACUAUUACCCGCAAUGUUCUCUUAACCGAGGACAAAGACACUCCGCCCGAAGAAAUUAUAUAUGAUGUAAUGAGCGGCCCUACUUUGGGAGUUUUAAAGAAACUCUCUAAAGAUGGUGAGGCCGAGGAAUUACUAGCUUAUUCCAAUCAAUUUACCCAAGCAGAUAUCAAUAAUGAUCGCAUAGUUUAUGUUCAUUUUGGAACACCGCAGUCCACAACUUUUUGUUUUACCGUUUCCGAUGGUAAAUUUAAUCCAGCCUACGAGGUCUUUACCAUCAAAAUUGCACCGAUUUCUUUGCUGCCAGCCGAUCAACAAACACCCGUAGAAGUGCAGCAGGGUUCUACAACAGCAGUCAUGAAAUUGGAUCAUAUUGGAUUGAGAACCAAUGUCCAACCGGUACGAUUGGCCUAUAAUAUUACCAAUUCUCCUUUGUAUGGUAUUAUAGUGUUAAAACAUCAGCCUACUUUGAGAUUUAAUCAACAUCUUUUGGAAACGGGCCAGAUUAACUAUAUGCAAACCGAUUUGAAUAGAUCAAAUGAUACGUUUCAGGUAUCAGCUUAUGUUCCGGGCACCAAUUAUGCUGCCACUAUAGAUGUUUUAGUGCAAGUGGAACCGGUUAUCAAAAUUACCGAUAUAUCCAUGAAAGGUAUAAAGGAAGGAGAAAAAAUACGUUUAAUGUCUUUGCUAGUGGCAGAUAAUCCUUUGUCUUUGAAACUGAAUAAAUUUAAUCCGAAAUUUUUAAUAACAAAACUACCCACUACAGGACAAAUAAGAAAAAUUAUACGUAGCACAGGACUGGCAGCAGAUAGUCCUAAUGAAAGACCUACAAAUACUUUCUCCUAUAAGGAAUUAAGAAGUGGGGUGGUGUAUUUUAUACCUUAUGAAACUGUGGAGGGAACAACACAAGAUGUGGACAGAUUUGAUUAUCAAUUGCAUAUAAAAACCGUACAGCCAGCUCAAGCCUCUGUAAAAAUUGUUUACCGACAAGCGGUGGAAGAUAAUGGCACUGUUACUAAGGCUGCCACCGAUUUCUCUUUAAAUUAUGUGGCCAUUAUUUGUGCUCUUAUUAUUUUGCUCAUGUGUAUUUUGAUUAUAAUGCUGAUACUAAAGUUCCGUUAUUUAAAACGUCACAAAGCAAAUAUAUCCAAAGAUCAACCGCCCUCUUUGCCCUGCCCACCAGAUCUAACAUCAGUUUCACCUCAACACCAUCUAACACAUCAUCAUGCCCAUCAUUAUGCCAGCUCAGAGGCUGAUUCAGUGCCCGUUACGGGAAAUUCUACACCUUUACCAGGUUUUAGUAAUAUACCACACUGUAAAAUUAUACCAGUUGAAUCGUAUAAACACGACUAUCCAGACUAUGAUCCCGAUGAAGAUGAAACCGAUGAUCCUUGUGAUGCCCAACAAAUGAUGCUGCCACAACGCUAUAAUCCCUAUCAAUUGGAAAAUGAUACUUGGAGUUCUUCCUGUGAUAUGCCCAAUGAUUUCGGUGGUUACUCCAGUGUACCGCAGAGUACAGGGCAAGCAGCAUCAGCCACACCGCCUUCGGCGCCGCCUAGUAAUCCCUUGCUAAGGCGUAAUCAGUAUUGGGUCUGAGCAUCAGUAAUGUUUGUAGGUUUAAGUUAAAUUGUUUGUUCUAAUUUUUGUAAUUAGUGCUUUAAAAGUGCCUUUUUAAAACAUUUACAAAUAAGUACUCAUUUAAAAAUACUUAAUUUAUUAUUUUUUACUUAAUUUUUCUUUAAUUGAUAUUUAAGAGUUUUUCUCUUAACACAUUUUAAAAUUAAUUGCAAUACAUAGAAAAUAAAUAGUUCGUAUUGUUUAAAAUUUAAGCCAAAUUUGCCCGUGUAUGUAUGUUUCACUUAAGAGUUUUCUUUUUGUAAAAAAAUAAUUUAACUUUAAGUUUUAUUAAUAAUUUUAAUUGCAUUUCUUUAAAAAAAAAACUUAACAGAAAUUCUGUUUAAAGUUAAAAUUGCCAUUUCUUCAUGUUGCCAUAAUUUAAAUUUUAAUCGUUUAAGUGGGGGAAAAUGUUAUAUCGUUAGACAUGUAAUAAAUUAUUGUAUUUAUAAAGUUUUAAUAAGCAGUUUAUUUCGUUCGGUUAUGUGGGGAUCAAAAUUAAUUGUAUUUUUAUACAAACAUCAUAUCUUAGUCUAAAAUAAAUCUAAGUUGUAGUUAUGGAAGUAAAAAGCCUUUUAUAAAUCGAAAUAAUUUAAAAUAAAUGACAAUAAUUUUAAAUUCAAAUACAAAAAAUCGA